UACAGCUCAAAAAGGCAUGAAUAAUCGCUACCCUUCACACCCUGACGAGUUUUGCUUUGACUACCCCGUUAACUUGAACUUGCUACGACAAUCCAAUUCCAGUAUUUCCAGAAUUGCUAUUGCAGCAAUCCAGAGGGAACAGGACGAGGUGCGAGCUCCGUGAGGUCCACUGCAGCAGCUAAUAUGGCUAUCAUCAGUGAUUUGACGAGAUCAAUAGUAGCUGUGGCAAUUGCGCUAAUUUGGUGCACCGCAACAGCAAGCGCCGAAACGGAUUGCAGUACCCAGUUCAACAACCUGGCUCCAUGCUUUGAUUUCGUUAAUAACAACGCUGUCAAGGCUCCUUCGACGCAAUGCUGUUCUGCCUUCAAAACUACCGAGGCCAAAUUCCCGGUUUGCCUUUGCCAGCUGCAACAAACAUUCAACGAUCCCGCCACCGCGCCCGGAAAUCCGGUAAGAGCAAACCAGAUACCAUCUGCUUGUGGAGUUGCUGUCGAUCCAAGUAGGUGCCCCGGUCUCCUUGGGUUGCCUCCGACGCCUACCCCAGUGCAAGCACCCGUCGCAACUCCCCCGACUGUUCCACCCACCUCCGCAGGACCUAGUGGAAUGAACGUCGACUGUUCGAACGAGUUCAGUGAGCUUUCUUCCUGCUUCGAAUACGUUGCUUCCAACGUCACGAAACCCACUGCAGCUUGCUGCUCUACACUUUCCGAAGUGCACCUUAAUAGGCCUGUGUGCUUGUGCCAAAUCCUGAAGGAGGUGAACAGUGGAGAUCCUGCUACUGCAGGUCUCAAUGUCACGAAAGGUUUGGAGCUUCCUGCUGCUUGUAAAGUCGACGCCAACGUCAACAGUUGCCCAGCUCUACUGGGAGAACCCAUCUCGUCACCAUCGCCAUCAGCUGAAUCCCCAAAGAGCACUGCCGAUACUACAUCUGGUCAGAAAGCUGGCUCUCCUGCAGAUUCUGUCGCCACUCCAGAUGCGUCCACAACUGGUCCUGACGGCAGCGGUGGCUUCAUUCUCCCAGCUUCAUCUGGUGCCCGGUUGCUCCAGAGUUUAGCUCUUGUCACUGCAUUGCACCUCAUUUUUUGAUGUCGAGGUAGCUUAUUCCCUACCAUAGUGCUGAUGCUAGAGCAAUUGCUUUCGCACAAAUUGUCUGUGUCUCGAUGCCAUGUUCAUUGCUGUGUGGUUUCUGUCAAUAGAUUAAUUUCAAUCCGCCAGGGGCACUUGAAGAAUCCGGUAGUCUAGCUUAUUCCCCUCCGUAAAGUUUCCCUGAGACGUGUGUCCUGUUGGCACUGCAAGUUUGCUACGACGUUGCAACACUUGACAGUCACGCCAGCACUCUCUGGAUUUUAGAUUAUUUCCCUGCACAGAACGUAGAGGUUUUGAUGUAAUUUAGCAACUCCUAAAUGAUUGGCAAAUAAGAAUUCAGUGCUUGUCGCACUUUGCAACUCCUUGCUUGCAGAAUUA